AUGGAGUCAGAAAUAUUGAGUGAAGAUCCCGCACAAGAAUACUCAGAAGGUGUUCGUCUUGUUGUGCUGAAUUUGCCGGAAGAUGAGGGUGAGGGUCUUGGCUUCCGGUUGACGAGGACGUUAUGGGAUCCAUAUCCAUGGGUCCAUGAAGUGACUCCUGAUUCCAGAGCCGAUGUCGCUGGCCUCAGAGCGGGAGAUUGCUUAUUGCAAGCUGAUGGCAAGGACUUGCUUGGGCUUUCGAUUGGCAAAGUUGCUGGUUUGAUAAGAGGGGACGGUGAAGGUCACGGAGUGUCACUCUUGGUGUGGAACUGUGGAGUCGACCCGAAAGACGAUCCUGAGCUGCUGUGGAGCUGCGGCGGGGGUUCCCGGGGCGAGCGCUCGCGGCGCGCGCUCGCCGGCGUCGUGCGGGCGCUGGCGUGCGUCGUGUGCGCCGCCACCGCCGCCAGGGCGUUGAACUGUGCGCGCUCGCACUUGUACUGCGAAGGUUGUUGGAGUAGAUUAGAAAGAUGUGCGAUUUGUAGAGAGCCUUUGCCCGCUAAAGAUUCACCCAUCGCUAGGAAUUUGGUUGCUGAACAGGUAUUCGAAGCGAUAGCAACUGAAUACGAAAUCAAAAACACAAUAAAACGAACACACACAAAAUCAGCGCACACAUCCCCAAGUCGAUCACCGCACAUAUCGCCGACAUCGACUCGGAAAGGACAAUACCAACUAUCGAUGAUGCAGAGGAAUAGAAAGCAUGUGCAGAUGAACGAAAAAUUCGCUUCGGAUCCUAAUAUAAGCCGCCAUGAACCUACCACAUCAAAAUGCCACACGUGUGCUAACAGCACUACUGUAAAUAAUCACGCCGGAAACACUGGAAGCUGUCAAAGCGGCUGUCAAAAUAACUGUCAAAGUCAUUGUCAAGUGAACUUGAACGUGCCGUCAAUUAAUGUCGAAGAUACUGGUAAUCGUUGUAGCUGUAGCUGUCAGUUGCAGCAUAAACUGGUUGCCAGGUUGCGACAAGCUUGUUCGAUGGCUGAUUUACAGAAUACUGCUGUGAAGACUUGUAACUUAUCGAAAUCAUUGAACAAUAUAACUCUAAAUGAACAUAACAACAAUAGCAAUCAACACAGCAAUUCGAUGGAUAGUUUAAAAAAUCCAGAAGUUCCGGUGUUUCUUCUUUCAGCGCCACCGAUAUACGUGUUAACAUGUGAACAUAGCAAAUAAUUUGAUUAUAUAACAUUUGUAAAAUUAAUUAAUUGUAAUUUUGUACGAAAUUAUAUAUUUAUAUAAAGAGA